CUUCGAAGGGUGUUGAAUCAAUCCUGACUCCAUAUUUAUCAUUUAAUUGAUAACUUCUUGAGUUGGGACCUAUUUUCUUGCCAAGCGAAUCAUUGCCCGUGGCUGAAAAGAAGCCUCACGUGCACAAGAGACAGUCCUAUUGACUACUAUUCUCCCACGUUUCGACCCGCGGUGAAGUGGCUUCAUUCAUUCUAGCACCGUCUUCUCGCCCUUUCUUUCCAUCUUCUCCUCUUCCCUUUCACCCUCCAGGCUUACGGCUAGCUUCACGUCUCUGGCGCCUCUCACCUCAAUACUAAUUCAUCUCUCACCUUACAUUCGCCCUCACAGUCCAUGGGCUCUAGAGACUUGUCAACCUGUUCUAGUGUCGCGUCGCAACAUAUUCGGAGUCCAUGACAUCGCCCGGAGAUGCAGCUCCGGUCAAGCCUCCGCCGUCCUUCUCGCCCGGCGUUCCGCGUGUAGCUUCCAAGACGAGAUACCCAAAUCAGCGCCGCGAUUCCUCUCCGUCUCUAGAUGCAGAUCUCACUGAGUCCAGGGUCGUCUCCCCACCCCCGCCUCUUCCCGCCACGACAUCAGAACUACCCAUCCGAUCCGCAUCACCACGGACUCCGUCCUUCCGAUCGUCAACGCCUCAAUUAGCCAGGUCCUCCCUUGGCUCUCCGGUGGACGGUCGGUUUGAAGGAUCGGAGGAAAUACGUUCGCUUAUCAUCCGCUCGUUCUCACCUGUCGUCGGCGUGUAUGCGUCCGCAGACACCGAUGAAUUAGCACGGCAAAAGGGGUUUGCGGGGGGGUUCUGGCAAUUGAUCCGACCAUUCGGCGAAAAUAUUCCCGGGAAGCUUGUGAUACGGGAUAGCGUUGGCGCGAGUCGGAGCUGGGAGGAUUAUGGAGUCCGCUUUGUCGAUUUAGGGAACAAUAAUCAAGGUCUCCCUGAGUCGGGUGGGCGGAACUCCCCUCUAGCACACCUGGAAGAGGUCUUGGAGAAGCAACUGGGAUCAUUGGACGAUCCGCUGGGCGGGUCUUUAUUCCCAAAGGACUUCCUUGGAUUUCCCAGCACCUCACCCUUAUACAAACUUUACCUUCGGCAGCUUUUGUCUAUAGCAUCGGCGGCCCCUCAUGAGACUUUUCGACAUCCUGUGGCCAGUGUUAUCGCCAUCAGUUCGCGCAAUACUGCCCCGCUGGAAACUCUCAGACGUCUCUACGCAGACACCAACAAUGGUAACAAGAAGAUGCCCGAUUGGAUCCAUCCUGAGUAUCUUAGGUACUAUUUGUUAGUGCAUGAUGAGGAUCGAGACGACAUUACAGAAUCCACAAAGCUAUAUGACCAAAUGAAACGCCAUUUUGGGCUUCAUUGUCACCUGCUAAGGCUACGCAGUAAUCAGUGUGUGGUUACAGACGACGAUAGUGUCCAAGUACCUGAAUGUGAAUGGCUUUCGCCAUCGGAGCGAUUGUUUGGCCGGACAGAGCCGUUGGUAGAUCUUGACACGGGAGGUCUUCCACAUGUGUUUGAGUCGGAUGUGAUGGCGAUCAAGGCAUUUGUCCGGGAAUUAGUCGCGCAGUCCGUCGUACCAUACAUGGAGAAUCGAGUGGCGGUUUGGAACGAUCAAGUAGCCUCUCGCAGACGUGGUAUCAGCGGAAGGUUUAUGUCUAUGUCGCGUCGGUGGGCUGGCUUUGGAUCUGGCUCUCGGUCCAGCUUGACCUCUGGUGGAGCAAGUGGCAACUAUGAUAUUGCGCAUGGCUACUACAGAUACGACACGCCCGAGGCUGUGCUACGCAAGAUGGCUGACUUUGCAUUCAUGCUUCGUGACUGGAAGCUUUCCGCAUCGACAUAUGAGCUUCUCCGGUCCGAUUAUGCCAACGACAAGGCCUGGAAGUAUCAUGCUGGCGCCUAUGAGAUGUCGGCGGUAAGCAUGCUCUUGAGCCCAUCUUCACUGGGCACCAAGGUCAAGAUUGAUGGCAUUGAUCAGAUACUGGAGACGGCCACGUAUUCGUAUCUUACUCGAUGCUCGGAUGCGCCCAACGCCCUCCGUUGUUUGACUUUGGCCAUGGAGUUACUUAAGUCGCGCGGUGGGUCGGCGGUGGAGAGUGCGGCUAGAUGGGCCAUGCGGGUCAUGGACCAGGGUCUAGUUGGCUCGAUCGGCCAGGGUCUCUUCAGUGAACGUAUUUCAGCCUGUUUUGCGGCCCGAAAUCCCGCGCCUGGGGUGAACUGGGGAUCUCGCCGUCGCAAAGCCGGGAUGUGGAGUGUUUUCGCUGCAGAUCUGUGGCUUCGACUUGGAAAGCCGUCUCUGGCCUCGGCAGCCUUGGAGGAAGCGGAGCGCUUAUAUGCAGACGUCCUGCAUGGUGACGGAGCUUUUACUAUGCCGGAGAUGCAGACUUUCGUCGACAAUCUCAGACAUGCCGUGAAAGUGGAGUAUCUCGAAGCUAGGGGUCUAGACCUGAGAGAUGAGACAGCCACCGCAGCGGCUUUGGGAACCGACGAGACGAGCGAGCAGCUUGAUCGACGCAAGAACCGGAAGUCGCUGAUCGUGAAGCCUCUGGACUCAGGGAUUGGCCCGACACAGGGUAUGAGGGAUAAUGACAAUGCAGCCGAUGACGACUUCGAACGAGCUUAGGGACGAAAGGGAGGCCGGAUGGACGCAUGACGGGGUAUACAUCAUUAUAGACACUCGUCGAAUCUAAUGUUACGUGU